ACAGGCUGUGUGUGGCACCGCUAACGAGCCAGCUGACCACUAGUUCACUAGUUGACGUUUAAUUUUAGGAAAUGGCGUGAUUGAACCCGCAACACGGGCCGCACGAAGCGCGUGACGGACGGUGGGAGGUGAUAAAAGCCUGCGGGGACUGCGCGUGCGACUCCAGUGGCGCUACUCGGUUCCUUCAGUCGGCAAGUGCGACGGCUCUGUCCUGCUCGGUGUGUAUGUGUGUGUGUGCUACAGAGAGAGAGCAGCCGGUGCCCGUGUGUGUGUGUCUGUGUGUGUGUGUGUGUGUGUGUGUGAGAGAGAGAGAGAGUGAGUGUGUGUGUGUGUGUGUAGAGAGAGGCGGCUCUCUCUCGGCUCUCUCGGCUGUAGCAGCUGCACCAAACACGCUCCCAGAGAUGGUCGCGUCCACGCUGGUGGGGAUCCUGCUGCUGCCGGUGCUGGCGUGUCUCCUCCGCGGCCGGGACGUCCACGGCACAAAAGCGGAAUGUGAAGCCGACCAGUUUCAGUGUGGAAAUGGCCGCUGCAUCCCAUCCGUGUGGCAGUGCGAUGGAGAUGAGGACUGCACCGAUGGCAGUGAUGAAAAAUCAUGCGUUAUAAAGACGUGCGCAGUGGAGGACUUCGUGUGUCGCAAUGGCCAGUGUGUCCCGAAGCGGUGGCACUGUGAUGGGGAGCCAGAUUGUGAAGAUGGGUCUGACGAGAGCUCAGAAAUCUGCCACAUGAGGACGUGCCGUGUAAACGAGUUCAGUUGUGGAGCAGGCACCACCCAGUGUAUCCCCAUCUCUUGGAAAUGUGAUGGAGAGAAGGACUGUGACAGUGGAGAGGAUGAGGUCAACUGUGGUAACGUCACUUGUGCCCUCAACGAGUUCACAUGUGCCAGUGGACGCUGCAUUUCCCAAAACUUUGUGUGCAAUGGCGAGGAUGACUGUGGUGACGCCUCAGAUGAGGUGGACUGUGCUCCAUCCUCCUGUGGGCCCAGUGAGUUCCAGUGCGGGAACUCGUCUUGUAUUCCAGCCAGCUGGGUGUGUGAUGACGACGUUGACUGCCAGGAUCAGUCGGAUGAGUCUCCUUUUCGUUGUGGCCGUCACCCGACGCCCCCAGCCAAGUGUUUGCCCAGUGAAAUGCAGUGCGGCUCAGGAGAAUGUAUUCACAAAAAGUGGAGGUGUGAUGGAGAUCCAGAUUGCAAGGACGGCAGUGACGAAGCCAAUUGUCCUGUACGUACUUGUGGACCAGAGCAGUUCAAAUGUGAUGACGGAAACUGCAUCAUGGCCAGCAGACAGUGUAACGGCCACAGAGACUGCGCAGACGGAUCAGAUGAAGUCAACUGCAGAAACUUGACUCAAUGCAUCGGGCCAGAGAAGUUCAAGUGUCGGAGCGGGGAAUGCAUUGAGAUGAGCAAAGUGUGCAACAAGGCCCGAGACUGUCCCGAUUGGAGCGAUGAACCAAUAAAGGAAUGCAAUCUGAACGAGUGUCUCAUGAACAACGGUGGCUGCUCUCAUAUCUGCAAAGACAUGGUGAUUGGCUUUGAGUGUGACUGCACACCUGGGCUCCAGCUCAUUGAUCACAAGACUUGCGGAGACAUCAAUGAGUGUUUGAACCCUGGCAUCUGCAGUCAGAUCUGCAUUAAUCUGAAAGGAGGUUACAAGUGUGAAUGCCACAACGGCUACCAGAUGGAUCCAACUACCGGCGUCUGCAAGGCUGUUGGUAAGGAACCCUGCCUGAUCUUCACCAACCGCCGAGAUAUUCGUCGUCUUGGGCUGGAGAGGAAAGAGUACACUCAGAUUGUGGAGCAGCAGAGAAACACAGUGGCUCUUGAUGCUGAUUUUAACCAGCAGAUGAUUUUCUGGGCUGACCUGGGCCGGAAAGCUAUAUUUAGCACAGUCCUCGAUAAGCGUGGGGAUGUUGGGGCCCACAAGAAAGUGAUAAAUGUUCAAACUCCAGUUGGAAUCGCAGUUGAUUGGAUCUAUAAGAACGUGUACUGGUCUGAUCUCGGCACCAAGACAAUUUCUGUAACCAACUUUAAUGGAACCAAGCAAAAAGUUCUGUUAAACAAAGGCCUCAAAGAACCUGCUUCCAUUGCUGUGGAUCCACUGUCUGGGUUUCUGUACUGGUCUGACUGGGGGGAACCAGCCAAGAUUGAGAAGUCAGGCAUGAACGGAGUGGAGAGACAAGUUCUGGUGGCAACCGACAUCCAAUGGCCAAAUGGAAUCACACUAGAUCUGAUUAAAGGUAGAUUGUACUGGGUCGAUUCUAAGUUGCACAUGCUCUGUAGUGUUGAUCUGAACGGGGACAACAGGAAAAAAGUCCUACAAUCUCCAGACUACCUGGCUCAUCCCUUUGCUCUCACCGUUUUUGAGGACAGAGUCUUUUGGACAGACGGUGAAAAUGAAGCCAUUUAUGGUGCCAACAAGUUCAGUGGAUCUGACGUGAUGACAUUGGCCAGUAACCUGAAUGACCCUCAAGACAUCAUAGUUUACCAUGAGCUGAUUCAGCUUUCUGGUACUAACUGGUGUGCAGAAAAGGGUGAAAACGGAGGUUGUAGCUACAUGUGUCUGCCUGCACCACAAAUCAACAAACACUCCCCCAAAUACUCCUGCACGUGUCCAGAUGGCCAAGAGCUGGCAGCUGACGGCUUUCGCUGCAGACCUGAGGCCAACGUUAGCACAUCAAUUCAGGUGGACUCCACAACCAGAGGGUCUUCUGGAGCCUGGGCCAUACUCCCAGUCUUGCUGCUGGUGAUGGCGGGAGCAGGAGGUUAUCUGAUGUGGAGGAACUGGCAGCUUAAGAACCAGAAGAGCAUGAACUUUGACAACCCUGUCUACCUGAAGACCACAGACGAAGACCUCAACAUUGACAUUACCCGGCACGGUGCUAAUGUGGGACACACCUACCCAGCGAUUUCGAUAGUGAGCACAGAAGACGAUAUAUCCUGAUCGUUUUGGGGUCUGUUUUUUUUUACACCCCCCCUCACAGCAGCCUGUAGUGUUGCAUGGUGCCUCCUCGUUACCAUGCCAACAGUUGUCCAUAGCAGCAGCCCUUACAGUACGACUACAUGCCUCCUGAAGUGCAUUAUGUCAUGAUCUGUGGUGAAGAAUUAUUUAUGUGAAUACUUAAUGGACAUGUCACAACAACUGAUUGUUUUUCGGUUUGUUUUUUUCUUCUUUUUUUUUUUGGUGGGGGGGGGGGGCUAAUAAUGGCUUCUGUCAUUUCUUAGCCCUGCGUUCGUAUUGAGUCAUUAUUUCCAAAUGUUUCAGCAAGAUUGAUUUCUCAAUGUGACAGCCUCUGAUUUCAGACUGAAAUGUAAAACUGGAGAAUGUGACAUCUCUCUACUGAACAGGGAUUCAAGUUCUCAGGACCCAGCAUGGAAAGUGACACUAAGGGGUAUGAAGAUGAGGCUUUAACUGGAAACAUUUGGUCCAAAACUUUUCUUAAACGCCAUAAAUCUAACACGGGCUGAAAUGGGAAUAUUUAUGUACGCUUCUGUUUAAUGGUUAAUAUCUUGUUUAAGUUUAGUUGUUUUUCUUACCUGCACAUUCUGGUGUGUAUUUGUACAGGCAUUAUUAUUAUUAUUAGUAUUAUUAUUAUUAUUAUUAUUGCUGUUUAAAAGAAGACCACAGUACAGCAUUUGUAAACAAUGUAAAUAUUUAUCCUUCAUCCCUCAAAGACAUGACUGUCAAAUCAGGACUCUUUAAAGCACUUUGAUCACCGUUUUCUUCUGUAAAUAAGAUUGUAUACAUUGACUUGAAAUCAAUUUUUGCUAUGGCGGCUUCUCUUACCCAAGUUCAUAUGUAUUUAAGAAGAAAGGAGAAAUGGCUGAAUUUGGUAUAACUAUUUUGUAUGUUUGUGUGCUGUUGCUGUGAACUUUUUAUAGACCUGUACAGUGAGGGGGAUCAUUAAGAUUAAAAAGUUCUAUCUGUGAA